CCAAUCGACCGCCCGCCUGCACCCUUCGCAGCCCUCGGAAGCCUGCCGCUGCAGCUGUAUAUAUCGUGACCGGCGUCACAUCGCCAUGGUGCCCUUCCGAAGGGCCUCCCAGAAAACCCGCCGCAGCCCAGACGCCGUCCGCGACCCCCUAUCCGACCCCCACCCCUUCGCAUGGCACGAGCAGCGCGACAAGUACAUCAUGACCUUCCCCAUCCACCCGCUCCCGUCCAUGCAGGGCCCCUUCGAGGAGUCGAUGCUCGAUGCAACCGGCGAGACGGGCUACAUCCCCUUCCAGAACCCGAACAAGUCCAUUGAGGCGCGCCAGCAGCAGCUGUGCCGGGACACCGACGCCCCGGAGCUCUCGUGGAAUUUCACAUACAACUGCCAUUGGCGCCACCAUCCGAAGGGGAAAUACCACCCUCUGCUAAAGACCGUGGCCCAGAUCAUCUUCGGCGUGCAUCUGCUGCAUCAGCACCUGGAAAAGUCCGUGGCCGACGUAGCAGACAUCUUGCUGAAGCACGUCAACGAGCUGGACAGCUUCCUGCAACGGGCGAACGAAGACAUUGAGGGCAGUCUCAAGGACAUGCUGUUCCGGAGGAAAUGCUUGAAGGUUCCCAUGGAGCACGUAAACGAGUUCGACCGCCUGCUCGACGACCGCACGUACCGGGCCCAGCUUUUGGAAGGGAACGUCACCAUCGAGCGGACCAUCAAUCGCAUGUCGCAGAUGCUCAACGACUACUUGAUCGACAUGAGCACCUUUCGGGACGCCAACCACGAACUGGAUAUAUAUCUACUCAAUAUCGGCCACGAGUGGGCCGCUAUGAAUGAAGACGUGGGACGCAUCUACUCGGCCAUGUGCGGGAAUACCGGAGGUUGGGCACAAUUUCUGCAGAGCUUGGUCGCCAAAGCUGAAAAGCUCGGUGUUGUGCUUGUGCAGGUCAGCAGCUACUGCAACGAGAUCGAGAAACGUUGCGGGGCUGCUAGCCGGCGGAGUUUGAUUGCCAGCCGAUCCUCGUCCCGAAACUCGUCAAAUUCACGAGAUGCAGCGCGCUCCUUUCGCAACUUUGCAAACAACAAGCCGCUGCCCACGGUGCCGAAUGAGCGCCCGCCCUUUAUGACACCCCCCUCUGUAGGAGGUGAUGUGACCCCUGAUUCCCACAGACGACCAAGCAACUAUCCAGCGCCUGCACCAGCACCAGCACCAGCAUCAGCACCAGCAUCAGCACCAGCAUCAGCACCAGCAUCAGCACCAGCAUCAGCACCAGCACCGCAUGCCAGGCCUGUUGGCGACCCUGAAUCAGACGAGCCCGUCAAGCAACAGGACGACGUAGCGGGCUCUGCUUCUAACGAGACGUUACGGUCUGACGUCUCUGCAACCCAUGGCGAUAUCGACAAGCCACCUGCAUAUUGCAAGGAUCCCUCUAAUAGCUAUGAUCGACAUCCAGGAGUUGUGCGGGACGGUUCCGACAGCACCAUCCGGAAAGAAGAGUAUCGGCCGCUGCAUGCCUCACAUCCUAGCGACCCCGGCGAUGCCGUCGGUCCAAAGCGCGCAGAGACAAGAGCAGGAAAGGAAGAGCACAGCCCGCCGUUGACUGGCAAAGACUCCGCUUACUCGUCCGUGUCCGGCGGAUCGUUCGCAUCGCCGCUUCCUCGCUCGGCGUCAGCGCAGUCAUCGUAUCCGCGUGCUCAGUUCGGCUUGUUCCCUAGCAGCGGGCCCAGCACGCCCAAGCAUUCGAUCUCAGGCCGCUAUGGCGCUGCAUCGCCUGCUUUGCCGUCGCCGAUGGCAUCCGAGCAGCCGGUUUAUGUACCGCAGCGCGCUCAAACCUCCCUCGAUAAUUAUAAUGCGCCCUCUCGCCGUUUGCUGAAAAAGUCCAGUCUCUCGUCGUUGAAGAGGCUGUUCAGCAAGAAGAAGCAUGGCUCUGUUGACACCAUCGCAGAGUGAGCGGUGUCUUCGUUCCUUUCAG